AUGGGCGAAGGCGGUUACAUGAUUCUCACCAACGGUACGCCGUACCGCUGGAAACGGUCGGACCAGAUGAGCUAUCAAAUGAAAUCUUGGGAUUUUCCGGAAGUCAUCGAAGCAGGCAAGGUUCCUAGAACAUACAUCGAGUUCAGUCAAGGCGCGUUUAAGAAGCGCUCUGAUACUAGUGGCUCGGUAAAGUACACUCUCGAAGGCACAGGAUGUAGCUUCACUAUUCACGUCCGAGACGAUGACGAGCGUAUCUGGGUGAAGCUCGACUCUCUUGAAUCAGUCGGAAACGCCCGCGGUUCGGAGAUUCAUCUUGGAUGGCGCCAUGAUAAGUGUCUCACUUGGGUCCUCUCCGGUUCAAAGGAGGAAUUCCACACGUCCAACCCGCCUAUGGAUUGGAUGCAGCAGUGCAGAAAGACAAUCGGACAUCUCCCCCUCUCCAAGAUCUGUCUUCUCGGAACGCAUGAUUCUGGCAUGUCGACUACUUCGCACUCGCUUGUACCCGUCAGUGUUAUCGAUCCGUACGUCCUUUGUCAGUGCGAGGAUAUUUAUGGACAACUUCAAAAGGGCGCCAGAUACUUUGACAUUCGUCCUCAGAUUUACAAGGGCAAAUGGUGCACUGGUCACUACACCGGUAAAGUCGGAGCGCGCGGUGAAAACAUCGCCGACAUCAUCGACGGUGUAAACAAAUUCACAAAGGACAACGGUGAAUUGAUCAUCAUCAAUUUCUCCCACUCUUUACAGUCAGAUGUCGAGGAGUGGCGAGAGUUCAACAAAGAGGAAUGGCACAAUCUGAUGAAAGAGCUUCAGAAGCUGAACAACCUUUUCAUCAUGAACGAUAAAUCCAAAGCCAACAAUCUUUCCAAUGUCAAAGUUGAUGAAUUCAUUGGAAACGGCAAGGCUGCAGUGGUCUGCGUAAUCGAGGACUGGGGCAGCCUUAGUCUAGGUGACUACCUCAACCAAGGCUUCUUCAAAUCAGGGCAACUCAACAUCCGAAACGAAUAUGCCAACAAAGACGAAACAGACGUGAUGGUAGCCGAUCAAAUCGAAAAGAUGAAACAUCACAUGUCCUCCAACGACAAACGCAUGUUCUUACUCUCGUGGACUUUAACGCAGCAGGUCCCCGAGUGGGACGGUAGUGUGCGAGGUUUCGCAGGAAGUGUCACCGAUACACUCCGGCCAAUUAAGCUUUUGGCCAAGGACUGCAACCCUGAGCUUUUCACGAGGUUGUUGCCUGAAGUUAGCGAAAGUUCGUUCCCGAAUGUUGUUUAUAUCGAUUACUUGGAUAGUAUGGAGUAUGUUGCUUUGGUUGUUGCUAUCAAUGAUAAGGUUUUCAAUAACUAG